AUGGGUUGCGGAAUGAGCACGGAGGAGAAGGAGGGCAAGGCCCGCAACGAGGAGAUUGAGAACCAGUUGAAGAGGGACAAGAUCAUGCAGCGCAACGAGAUCAAGAUGCUCCUUCUGGGUGCUGGUGAAUCCGGAAAGUCAACCAUCUUAAAACAGAUGAAGAUUAUUAACGAGGGUGGUUACUCGCGCGACGAGCGAGAAUCAUUCAAGGAAAUUAUCUUCAGCAACACGGUACAGUCGAUGCGCGUCAUUCUCGAGGCUAUGGAAUCUUUAGAAUUACCCUUGGAGGAUCAACGAAUGGAAUACCACGUUCAGACCAUCUUUAUGCAACCUGCUCAAAUCGAAGGCGACGUCCUACCUCCAGAGGUUGGUAACGCGAUUGAGGCUCUAUGGAAGGAUCGUGGUGUCCAAGAGUGUUUCAAGCGAUCGCGUGAAUACCAAUUAAACGACUCCGCGAGAUAUUACUUCGAUAACAUUGCUCGUAUUGCAGCCCCCGACUAUAUGCCCAACGAUCAGGACGUUCUCCGUUCUCGUGUCAAGACCACCGGUAUUACAGAGACGACCUUCAUCAUUGGCGAUCUUACAUACAGAAUGUUUGAUGUCGGUGGUCAGCGAUCAGAACGAAAGAAGUGGAUUCACUGCUUCGAAAAUGUCACAACCAUUUUAUUCUUGGUUGCCAUUUCUGAGUACGAUCAACUGCUAUUCGAAGAUGAGACUGUCAACCGUAUGCAAGAAGCUUUAACUUUGUUCGACUCUAUCUGCAACUCCCGAUGGUUUAUUAAGACCUCAAUAAUCCUGUUCUUGAACAAGAUCGACAGAUUCAAGGAGAAGCUUCCGAUCAGCCCGAUGAAGAACUACUUCCCCGACUACGAAGGUGGUGACGACUAUGCGGCGGCUUGCGAUUACAUCCUUAACCGGUUUGUCAGCUUGAACCAACACGAAACUAAGCAGAUCUACACACAUUUCACCUGCGCAACGGAUACAACACAAAUCCGAUUCGUCAUGGCCGCGGUUAACGAUAUCAUCAUCCAAGUAAACCUUCGUCUCUGCGGUCUGAUUUAA